AUGGCUAACCAAACUCCCGCCGUUGUCAUGGACAACGGCACGGGUUUCUCCAAGCUAGGUUUCGCCGGUAACGAUUCUCCCUCAUUCGUCUUCCCGACCGCGAUUGCGACGAAGGGGCCAACUGGCGGAGCUGGUGGCUCUGGUUCUGGACGACCGGCUGUUGCGAACAAGCCGUCUUUUCUUACGGGAGGUGCUGGAGCUGGAGGCCAUCUGAGCGGAAAGCGAGGUACCGAGGAUCUCGACUUCUUUAUUGGCGAUGAGGCGAUAGCAGCUUCUGGCGGUCCCGGAUAUGGUCUUCAUUAUCCGAUCCGACACGGCCAAAUAGAGAAUUGGGACCACAUGGAACGAUUCUGGUCCAACUCCAUCUUCAAGUAUCUGCGAGUCGAGCCUGAAGACCAUUACUUCCUCCUUACCGAGCCCCCCCUGAACCCGCCCGAGAACCGUGAGAAUACCGCCGAGAUCUUCUUCGAGUCCUUCAACUGCGCUGGAAUGUACAUUGCCGUCCAAGCCGUUCUUGCUCUGGCUGCUUCUUGGACGUCUUCAAAGGUCCAGGAUCGUUCGUUGACUGGCACGGUCAUUGAUUCUGGUGAUGGUGUCACCCACGUCAUCCCCGUUGCUGAGGGUUAUGUCAUUGGAUCUUCUAUCAAGUCUAUUCCCAUUGCCGGUCGAGAUAUUACCUACUUCGUUCAGUCCCUUCUGCGAGACCGAGGCGAGCCCGAUUCUUCGCUCAAGACUGCUCAGGAAAUUAAGGAGGAGUAUUGCUACGUGUGUCCCGAUAUCGUCAAGGAAUUCAGCAAGUACGACAGGGAUCGCACUCGAUUCGCUCAGCAUGUCGUGUCACACCCCAAUGGCCGACAGGUUUCCGUCGAUGUCGGUUACGAGCGCUUCCUCGCCCCCGAGAUCUUCUUCAACCCCGAGAUUUACAGCUCCGACUUCUUGACUCCUCUGCCCGUGGUUGUCGACGGUGUCAUUCAGCAAUCGCCUAUCGACGUCCGACGAGGUCUUUACAAGAACAUUGUUCUUUCUGGUGGAAGCACAUUGUACAAGGAUUUCGGCCGCCGAUUACAGCGAGACAUCAAGCAGCUGGUAGAUGCCAGAAUUCGAGCCAGCGAGGUCCGCAGCGGUGGUGCUCGUAGCGGUGGUCUGGACGUGUCCGUUAUCACUCAUAAGCGACAGCGACACGGUCCUUGGUUUGGAGGCAGUCUCCUUGGUCAAACCCCGGAGUUCCGAUCAUACUGCCAUACCAAGGCCGAGUACCAAGAAUAUGGACCUAGCAUUGUGCGAAGAUUCGCUCUGCUUGGUGGACCUGGUGGCUCUUGA